AGAGAAGGAGAGAAAGGGAGAGAGAGAAGGAGAGACCCCGUCCUCCCCUCCCUCCUCCUCCUCCUCUCCGCCCCCCCCCUGUCUCUCUACAGGACUGCCAGCCCGUCUAGAGUUAUUCCAGGAAUGCGUUGAACAUGGCUGCCGCGAUGAAGGAGCAGAAAACGGGACUGCUGGAACUUCGCGUGACCGUGGACCGCUGGAUCCGGGUGCUGGCCACGCUCACCGAGGACACGCUGACGCUGAAUCCCGGCGAGGGCGCCGAGGAGCCCGCGAAGCCCGGCCCGAGUCCCGCCGGCGCCAUCAACGGAGACCCCCCGAACCUGAGCUCGUCCCCGGUCCCGGAAACCAUCACCAACGUGAAGCGCACCGUGCGAGUCACCAAGCAAGAUGUUGGCGGACUCGGGAUCAGUAUCAAAGGUGGGAGGGAGAACAAGAUGCCGAUACUCAUCUCCAAGAUUUUUAAGGGCCUGGCUGCUGACCAGACUGAGGCGCUUUAUGUUGGUGACGCCAUACUGUCUGUCAAUGGUUAUGACUUGAGGGAGGCCACACAUGAUGAGGCUGUGCAAGCGUUGAAGAAAACCGGCAAAGAAGUCAUCCUUGAAGUGAAGUACAUCAAGGAGAUGUCGGCCUUCUUUAAAAGCUCGGGUUCUCCUGGGGCUGGCCACCCCUGGGACUCUCCCCCCUCAACACCUCAGAGGGGCACUGAUAUCUUCCCUGCUGAGGUGAAGGAGCCCCGCAGCAUCCCGCUGAAGAUGUGUCAGGUGUCGCGAAAACAGUGCCCCCCAGACACAGAAAACAGGUAUUUCGAGGUGAUUUCAUCCAACAGAAAGAACUCUGUGUUCCUCCGGGCAAAAGACCCCGCCAUGGCCCAGUCCUGGUACAAUGGGAUCCAGGCAGGCGCUGCCAACCUUUUACCGCGAGUGAAGGAGGAGAUGAAGAGCAUGCAGCCUGGCAUGGAGGUGAAACAUCUGGGCUGGAUCGCAGAGCAGGUGACUCAGGGUCCGGAGAGACCAGUUAUGGCUGUGUUGACUGACAAAGACCUGCUCCUGUAUCCCACCUUGCCUGAAACCAUAGAGAGCUUCAUCAACCCCUCCAAGAGUCACCCGCUCAUCACUACCAGACUGGUCCACUCUGGUCCAGGAAAAAGUUCUCCUCUCCUGGACUCUGAGCUGUCUUUUGGCCUGCGCUCGGGCACCAAGCAAGGCGUGGAGACCCACGUGUUCAGAGUGGAUUCUGCCAAGGAGCUGUCCACAUGGACUCAUCUGCUGGUGGAGGGCAGCCACAAUGCUGCUGAGCUCAUCAAGGAGGUCACCACGGCCUGUAGCUGGAACGGGAAGGAGUGCAACCUGGGAGUGCACAUCGACGAGGGCUUCACGUUAUUCACAGAGGAGAUGGGUGUCAGGAAAAGUAUUCUGCUCCAGCAGCCCUUCGAGCGCCUGAGGAUGUCCUCAGACGACGGAGUUCGUAUGAUGUUCCUCGACUUCGGAGGCCCAGAGGCAGAGAUUCAGCUGGACCUCCACAGUUGCCCUAAGACCAUAGUCUUCAUCAUCCACUCUUUCCUAUCUGCAAAAGUCAAGCGACUCGGCCUCCUGGCAUGAUAAAGGCCAACCGUCACAGAACAUCAACAAUAGGAUCUUCAAUAAAAACACACAACCCAGAAGACUAAAACACACACACCAGAGGACUGGGUCGAGGGAAAGAUGUUCACUAAUCACUUCUUUUCUGGUGUCUCUGGUCCGGCAUCUCCUGGUCAUUGUAGUGGGAGGAAGGGAAAACCGCAGCAUUGAUGGACCUUUGUUGAAUUUGUAGUUGUGAGGUCAAGAGAGGUUUUUUUUCUGAUGGUGUCAGUCAGCAGCCACUGAAGGGAUCUGACUUCUGUUGAGUCCGUCACGUAGGUCACGACACUUUGCGAUGCUAAACUAUGUGAUUACAGCAGCUCGCAUCUUAAUGUUUUUAAGCUUGAACACCCAAACAUUUGAUUUCUUUUUUUUGGUCCCAUUGUUAAGUUUAGUUUUGUUGGAUGAGUCACAGCCGAGCUUUAUCACCGACAUGCUUUCAUCCUUCAAUCGUUGCUCCGUGAGAAGUCAGAGAAAGUUAUUUCACAAAUGUCCUGAUUGAUGUUGGACUAACUGUUUUUUGUUGUGAAGGCAGCUGCACGAUCAAUUGUCUGUGCUGAACAAUUGAACAACACGCUGUGUAUGUGGAUGCUUAAGUUGCCUUUACCCUGAUUGUCCAUGAAAUAAGCUACGUGUUUUAUGUUUUGACAACUUUCAAUGGAAAAUCAAAUACUGUGUAUUUUUCAUUACAGCUGAACAAACCUCUUAUUUUAUAUUCCUCUCUGUUUCUCUCCCUCCCCUUUUAAAGCAUGUUUAUAACAGCCUAGAGAAAGGACUAACUGUUUUAGCUUCACCAAUAAAUUAGGUAUAAACUUAUUCUCCUAACGAAAAACACACAUAUUAGUUUAAAUCUCGGCCUUAGACAGUGCGACUCUACAAUUUCACCCUGUGAGACGUAGAAAAUAAGAGCUCUUGUAUUUUUGGUGUCCGGUUUUUAUAAAUAGAUGACAAACAAGUCAAACUACUUCUGUAAGGAAAAAGCUUUGAGUCUAGCUCCUGAAUGAACUAGUUCUGCAGAGCCCAGUGUUUGAGGCUGGAGAUUUAAUCCCAGGUUCAUGAGAGAGCACUAAUUCUCACACAAUAUGUCCAACAUACGUUUAUAGUAAUAUAUUUAUUUAAAUUCCAGACGAAAGAUGUUAAAUUGUUUACAUCAUAAAGUGGUUGAUCCUUUUUUUUUUCUUUAUUAUUUUUGUCAACAGAAUAUCCACGACUUUGGGGCCUUCUCUCUCUCUCUCUCUCUCUCUCUCUCUCUCUCUCUCUCUCUCUCUCUCUCUCUGUCCAACACUAAACAGACUUGUAUUAAUAUAUAUUUAAAAACUAAAACUAGUUUGCUCUCCAGAAUAAGAUGCAUUGUAUAUUCUUAUUUAAACAAAGGUGUGCCUUGCAGGGUUGUUUGUAUAUAAACAUGUAAUAAACUUUGUUAACUUUUA